ACGCGGCCGGCCCACGUGACUCCCCUCCCGCCGGGGUCGGCGGCCUCUCCCAAGAUGGCGGUGUGCAUCGCGGUCAUCGCCAAGGAGUUUAAACAUGAAGGGGGCAUUAAAAAAAAAAAUCAAAGACUCAAGUUCAACUUUCCCCUCAUUCAACUUCAAACGUCAUCCUCUGUUGCAGAAUUAUCCUCUCUACAUCCGAAGCAUUCCCACAGAGAGUGAACUGAAGUUCCAUUAUACAGUACACACAUCCCUUGAUGUUGUAGAUGAGAAGAUCUCGGCAAUGGGAAAGGCCCUUGUGGAUCAGAGAGAGCUCUACUUGGGGCUUCUGUACCCCACAGAAGACCACAAAGUCUAUGGCUAUGUGACAAAUUCCAAGGUGAAAUUUGUCAUGGUGGUAGAUUCCUCCAACACAGCACUUCGAGACAAUGAGAUCCGCAGCAUGUUCCGAAAGCUGCAUAAUUCCUACACCGAUGUCAUGUGCAACCCCUUCUAUAACCCCGGCGACCGUAUUCAGUCCAGGGCCUUUGACAACAUGGUAACAUCUAUGAUGAUGCAGGUUUGUUGAGAAGGCACCUUGACUCUUCCAGUUGUGUUUUCAGAGAAAUGCCAUAUUGUAUAGAAUUGUAUUAUGGAGAUGUAUAUAUCAUCAUUUGGCUCAUGUGUAAGUGCUGCUUUGUUUGAAUGGAUAACUUAUAUGUAUGGACUUUUUGUAUGAGGAUGUGUCAAAACAACAGCAGGUAACAUUAGCCACUAGUAAAUCUCUCUCUUCUUCUUCAUUGCCUGAGUUAAAGCCUGACCACUUCCCCAGGACUGGGAGCAGUGGGGUAUAGGAAGCAUGAUACUUUGCCAAACCUCUAAAAGGUUAGGGUUUGUUUAAUCCUUUGACUGGUGCUGGAGAAAAAAAAAGUCAUUUUCUUAACUACUGUGUGAAAAUAUUUUUUUCCCUAUUUUUAAUUCUUCCUUGCAUCCCUCACUUGAAAACCUGAACCCCUAAUUACACCACAACAAGCCGGGAGAACAUAACUCUCCCAUAAACUAUGUUCUUCCUAACAUUUUUCCCCCACACCCCUCCACACCACCUUUUAUUGCAGUAGCCUUUCAACUUCCAAAGCUGACUUUACACUGAGAGUCAGAGUCAUUACAACAGUUGAGUGGAUGCACCUGACUCUUCAAUCAUUGAGCACUUAUGUGCAGAACAUUGUACUAAGCACUUGGGAGUUUCCACAGGCUAAGCAAACUAACCUAUGGCCAUCUUUGGGAAAACUCCAAACCUUCAGCAGUCUCUUGCCAAAGGAAGUGACUGUCUGGUCUGCUAAGGGAAAGUCUGACAUUAAGUGCCAAUUUAACAUUAGUUGGGGAUUGCAUUUUAGACAGGUUCAGCCUCCUGCCACCUCUGAGCCCUCCACAGGAAUCUAGAAAGUACAUAAUAGCUUUUCAGACCUCUCUCUUUUCCCUCCCCUCCUGCCUCUCAGUAAUUUCCAGAACCAGACUGGAGCAGCAGUGCCUAGCUGGCAGCAGUUGGGUGGAGAGUAGAGAAGGAAAAAAGUCCCUGUCAGUUUGGUCUUGCUCAGCUGCAUUGUGGUACCUUAUAAUAAAAAGUUCUGUAUCCAGUUAUUAGGGUCAAAAAGUAGUCUCUAUUGGCAACAGUACACAGAGUUCCUGCAAAAGAGAAUUUCUGGCAAAUUCCCUUUUUUCAUGGCUUGAUUCUGGUUUUGGCAGCCUUGGUGGCUAGUCCUACUAUUCUACGACUACUUAUACAGUAAGAGCUAAAAUACUUCACAGAUUAAAUAAAAUCUAUGCCCAUUAACCAA